GAUAACGUAAUAACUGUUCUGUAUUAUCUGAAAACUUACAUGUUAUAGAGUCUAAAAGGCGAGAUGCAAGGGGUCUAUUCGUUUAUCCUUUUAAUCCUAUCAGAAGGUAUCGUCUCACUGAAAGUAGUAACGGAGCCGGAACUUUAUGUCACAGUCAACACGAAUGCUUCGAUUGUACUAAACUGUACAUACGUCCUAGGAAACAACGACAUUGUCUCCUCUAUAGACUGGAAAAAGAAACAUGGAAAUGACUACAAAACAAUAGCACGAUUUAUCCCCAAUAAGCAUGCAUCUUUUUUACAAGAUGGUAUUUACUUGGAGAACAGAACUGAUCUUGUAAACUCUGGAAAUGAAUCGAACAGUGCUAUUCUGAAAAUCAAUGACGUAAUGUGUGAAGAUGACGGACAUUACCAAUGUUCUGUGUCGUUGUGGGCAGGUGGUGAUUCAAGUGACACAUCUGUGUUUAUUCAAGCCGAUGCAGAACGUCCAAUUAAAUUUACCAUAUACCCAAACAACAGCUUGGAAGAAAAUGACACGGUGACCUUGUCUUGUUAUGCAAAUGUUGGAAAUCCAGAUGGCUACAUAGCAAUAUGGAGAGUGGACAAGACAUCAACUACACCUGCACUGCUUUUAAAUGAAACAAACACUGUCGGAAAGAAGACUGAGAACUGUACAACUCUGAUAAACGCUACAGUAACUUACACUGUUUUCUGGAAUGACAAUGGCACGUUUUUCAGAUGUUCGUCACAAAACAGACAGACACAGGGGAGAGUACCAAGCAGAGACACAAACCCUAUCAAUGUCCUGUAUGGUCCUUCGAAUGUUACAAUUACCACUUCGCCUUCGCCUUCUAAUCAGACAUUCUUUACCGGUUCAAAUGUAAAUCUCACGUGCAGUUCUGAUGGAAAUCCAGAUCCUACCUUCAAAUGGAAAUUCAAUUCCUCAGACAUUAAAAACAAUGAGUUAUACAAACUUACUUUAAACAAUACAGUGUUAGUUUUACGGAAUAUCAAUCUCAACCACAGCGGAAUUUACGUUUGUAUGGCUUCGAAUUAUUUAAUCAAUGGAUCCUCAGAUAUCACGUUGAGUGUCAAAAAAAAAGAUCCUGUUGCAAUCUAUCAGCCAACAUGUGAUGCAAAUCCGUGCGGAGUCACCGAGAGCUGCUCUGAAACGGACGGCAAAGCUGUCUGUGCCACAAACAUUUGGAGUGUGAUUUCCUUCGUGUUUAUCGUUCUAAGUGUUAUUUUCAUGGUAGCAACUGUCAUUUUGUGCAUAGAAAGAAGAAAUGUACACAAAGGCUCCAAAAAUGUUGACGUCCCACUAUCGGUGAUGGGGGGAGAUGAUUUUGGUGGAUACGCAGACCCAAUGGACGUCAAAAAACUGUACAUCAAUGGCCAAGUUGACAAUAACGUAAACGACACAGCAGAACAUGGGGACCCCGUGGACCAAAACAGUCAGUAUGCUUCUGUCCAGAAAAGUCCUCCGGAUGCUUCCAAUCCUCCCAAUGUUUAUGAUGGCGCCUGGAAUUGAUAUGGGUUUUCAUGAAGACGGUAGAAAAGAGGUGUUUAACAAAACAGAACUUAUUCUGUUUUAUGAUUUUAGUGUCAAUUGUUAAAUUGAUUUAAUGUUUUGAAGUAUCACUUUUUUUUUUAAAUGAUUGUACAUGUAUAAUUACAGUUGUUCCUUUUUAUGCCCUUGAAAUCAGAGAUGAGGGUAUUUUUUAUGUCUUUAAACUUGGUUAUAGUCUCUGAACUAUACCAAACAAGCUUCCUCAGUUCGUGAACUGCAUGAAAGUUCAAGGUCAAAGCUAUUUUACAGAUCAGCGUUUUAUGUAAGAGUUUUCCCUUUUAUAAAACAUGAUUGUACAGUUGUUCUUUGAAUUUUAAUAGUUCGUUUUUACUUAUUUGUGGAAAUUUGAAUAUCAUGGACAUAUUCGUUCCAUAAAAUAAUGUAUGGUACAGUGAUUUAACAACACUUCGUUCAUCAUUUUUUUGUAUGCAUGUUUUUUUUUUUUACUAAUAAAUCAAAGAUUCAUCUAGAUAACCCCACUUUUUAUCUUCUUUUCUAACUUCUAUGCAUGUUUGAUGAUUGUUUGCAUAUUUUAAGUUUAAAAAGUUCAAUAUUUAUUCAAAAUCUACUACGCAUUGUUUAAAACUGUUUUCACAUCUUCAUAUCUAUUGUUAGAACACAUUGGUUUAUUGUAUAAUGAUGUAAGUUGUAUUGUCAUCAAUGAAUAAAAGAGAGAGAUUUAGUGUUAAAA